GAGGACAUGUACAAAAGUCCGAAAAUCCUGCAAGUAAGAUUCCCAUUUGAGCCAUACAAAAAAAAAACUUGGUUAUUUUUUCUACUUUCUUCCUUUUUCUCUCUCUCUUUCUCUCUUUUAAUAUUUAUCAAUUUUCUGAUUGAAUGUCAGCGUCAAUGGAUACAAUUCAAGAAAAUGAAAUAUCAUCUGCAGACCAAUUUCUGAAUACACAGCAAUUUUUAAGUGACUCCAUGUAUAAUUUGAUACCUCCGAAUCAACCACAAGUGAAUGAAAACAAUUUCGAACCACCUGUUGACUAUCCUCAAAACGUCUUUGACCAAUUCCCUUAUACAACACAACAAUACAUGGCGGGACCGACAAAUUCAAACACGCCUCACAGAGCAAGUCUUCCCAUCAUUUAUGACACACAUUCAUUUCUACCAGCAUCAAAAGAAACUACCAGUGACAUUACUGCCAGUAGACGUUACACAGAAGGAUCUUUACCAAAAAUAGGAGCAGCAAACAAACGUCAAAAAAGUAAUACUAAACGAUCAAGUCGAGAAAAGAGCGAACCGGUAGAUGAACAACGACGUCAGUUUUUGGAACGUAAUAGAAUAGCCGCUCUUAAAUGUCGACAACGAAAAAAGCAGUGGUUGGCUGACCUGCAACAUCGGGUGGAGUUCUUGGCAACAGAUAAUGAACAACUGCAGACCCAGGCGACAUUACUGAGAGAAGAAGUGAUCAACUUGAAGACAUUGUUAUUAGCUCACAAGGAUUGUAAAGUAGCCCAAGCCAAUGGUACAACCAUGAGCGCCAUUCAAAACGUGUCUUCAUUACAUGAUACAAUGAUGUUUCCUACCACGUCGACGUCUACUUCAUCAUCGGCGACAGAUGCGAGCAAUAACAAUAACAAUUAUACACAUUCUCCUUCUAACGCAUUCAAUACAGAUAACUUGGUUCAGUUUUAAUAAUAGUAAUAAUAAUAAAAAAAACAUGUAAAAACUGUCACCACUUUGGAGAGGGGGUUAUUCUAGGCCUUAUGUUUACUGCUUUCAUAAAUCAAAAUCUACCCUCUGAGUUUCUCACCAAAGGAUUUAUACUUUUAUCUUGUCAGCAUACA